AUGGCCGAUGUUGAUUCGUUAGCUCAAAAUCGCCGGCGAGGUCGCGAUGAAGGCCGGGAUGCCUCACACGCAGGUCAUGACCAGCAUGAUAGCGGGGAACCUUCGCACUCGCAGAGCGACUCGGUCAAGAAACGGAAAAGGACCCGGAAAGGCGAUUCUGAGAAGAAGUUUGAAUGUAAACAUGAGGGUUGCGGGAAGAGUUACUCCAGAGCUGAACAUCUGUAUAGACAUCAGCUGAACCAUACGCCAAAACACAUCUAUCGCUGCGACUUUCCAGACUGCUAUCGUUCCUUCGUUCGACAAGAUCUCUGCGUUCGUCAUCGAGAACGUCACACAACUCAUGGUUCGCAGCUCCAAAAGCGCGACAACUUCACUCAUACAGCCAAUACACUCGCUGCCGUCGCUCCCCAAGUGCGAAACGCUUUCCCAACCGGAAAUGGGACAAAUAUAACAUGUUCUCCGACAGAUGAUUCAAUUUCACCGUAUCCAAAGCAAAUACCAUCUGGAAAUGCGUCGGGGAACAUGUCGAGACCACAUCUUCCCGCGUCCUCCUCUGCUCCUAAUGGCGGACCCACUAAUGGCCAAAACUACUCUCAUUCCUCUGCUGUUCGCUCCGCUGGCUCCUCCUCUUCCACCUCGAUUGAAAAUCAUCUACAGCCGCUUACGCCACAGCAACAGUAUGCUGUCCCAAAUCCGCGACUAAAACGGUCAGACAGUUCAAGUAGUUACACGCUCAGUCCUCAAAAGCAGUCCACAUCGAUGUAUGGAGUCUCAAAUCGCCAACCAGGAUAUGGAAAAUAUGAUGGCCAACGAUAUCAAACCACUCCAUUCAGCUCUGCAGAGCUCGAUCAAAUCAGCCAGCCUUCCGGCCCAUCAUCAAAUGUUCAACAACGCCGGCUAUCGUCGACUGGACCCAUACUCUCAGGUUCCACUACAUACAUCUCUGCCACUAGCAUGACCACCGAUGCGACUUUGGUUACAGAUCAGAAUACGUACAUUCCGCAACAAAAUUUACAUAUGUCAUCUUUACCUCCGCCCGGCUACUCGAACCCAAGUAUGACAAGGGCCACCUCUGCAUCCAUUGCAAAUGCAAUAUCCAGCGGUUUAAAUGCUCUCGACCCCUCCCCUGGUGUUAUGGUUCCCGGCUCCUCUGUGUCAGACUGGGAUGCUUUAUCAUCUUACGCUCUUCCCAUAUUUGGUGGUGAAACACUGAACAGAUCUCCUUUCGCGAUGACUGACGAUUUUACUGCUUGGUUGUUUAAUGAGCAUUCAAACAAUAAUUCUCCAAUUGCUUAUCCAAAUGCACCUGGCAUGAUGCCCAAUUACGCGGACCAAGCCUCUGCUCAACUCCAGGGACCUUAUUACCCAAGUGAUGUGGCCUUGACCAGCUAUUUUACAAACGUAGUUCAGCCACAACACCCAAUGAGCGUAACGAGCCUUCUUGACUCGGGACCUCCCCAGUCGAUCAUGUCGGAUGAGAAGCGGAAUGAGCUGCUGGAGCUUAUCCAAAGUCGCUUCAACGAAACUAACCAGGCGGCAGUGAAAAAGCGAAAGGAUGCUUUGCUUGACGGUGAUAUUGAUGACGAUGGGCACCUUCUCAGCCUACGAAUGAUGCAGACCUACAUUGCUGCUUACUGGUAUCAUACCCAUGACCAGCUACCCAUUUUACACAAACCGACCUUCUCAGCUGAUAAAACGCCGAAUCUCCUCCUCUUGGCGAUUAUGGCCAUUGGUGCCUCGACCCUUGACAAGAACCAUGGACACCACGUUACUGAGGCAGCUUCUGAAUUGGCCAACUUUUUAGCCUGGCACAUCCGGUGGGAGAUUUUUAUGGACGUGGAUUUCCAGCCACCUGCAAAGCUCUGGGUGUUCCAGACGUUGCUACUCCUCGAAAUUUGCGAGAAGCUGUAUUCAACACGGGCUUUGCACGAACGUGCUCAUAUCCAUCACGAUACCACAUUAACCUUGAUGCGGCGAGGAAGUUCGUUGAUAGGCCGAUCGGCGUUUGACUCCCCGCCAAGCCUUCGAGAUGACCGGCAAAACAGAUCGACAACUGGCUCCGGCACCAAUUCUGCCUCUGAAUCCGGGGCGGGUGAGGAAUCUUGGGCUCAUUGGAUUAAGGCAGAAGCCACGCGCAGAGUGGCGUUUGCAGCCUUCGUCCUGGAUUCAACACACGCCACGAUGUUUGGACAUUCCGCAAAAAUGGUUGCCCAUGAGAUGCGUCUUCCGCUGCCCUGCGACGAAGCACUAUGGUCAGCAACGAGCGCUGCAGAAGUCGCAAGAGUACAAUCGAGUCUACAUUCCAACGGGGUCAAGGCAAUCAUGUUUCUAGAUGGACUGAAAAAGACGCUUAAUGGACAGAAAGUACGAACAAAUUCAUUUGGCCGGACUAUUUUAAUGGCUGGUUUACUAAGCGUUAGCUGGCAUAUGAAUCAACGAGAUCUCCAAGUUAGUUCACUAGGCGUCGCACAAGCUUUGGGAGGACGGGAUAGGUGGAGGUCGUCUCUGUUGCGUUCAUACGAUAACUGGAAGCGUGAUUUUGAUGAUGCUCUUGAAUCGAACCCGUCGAACUAUUCUUCCGCCUUCCGACAGUACUCCGUGGAUGACGAUGUUAUCUUCGAGUCUCGUACAGUUUUGCACCAUCUUGCGCACAUGGCAUCACAUGUUGAUGUGGUUGACUGUCAAAUAUUUGCCGGAGCCGGCCGCCUGCUUGGUCGAUCCAUUACUCCCAAGGAUUACAGCACAGCGCGGGAGAAAAUGACAGAACGCUGGGCAAACAAGGCUGCUGCUCGAGACGCUGCCUUCUUCGCGUUGAAAUUCCUCACCCAGGUCCUUAUCUCCGAAGAUGGCCGGGCGGUGAUACAACAUGGUUCCGCGGGAUACCUGGAUUUGAACGAGUACAGCGCCCGUGAUGAUUUCCUCCUCAAUCGGCCGUGGGUUAUUUAUUUUGCCUCCCUUGUUGUCUGGAGCUAUGGGUACGCGCUCGAUGGACCAAUAAGCGCGCCUGUGCCCGAACUUUCCACCCCGGACGAGCGACGUCGGGAUAUGUACGAGUUUCUAGAUCGGGUUGGCGGUGUACGCACGCCGGAAGAGCUUCUACAUAUCCGCGGCCGGAAUCGCUGCAUGGGCCUGCUGAUGACCUUGCAAGAGUCUUUCUCGUACACCCGGUGGGAGCUUCUCCAUGAGGCUGCAAAUUUGAUGGGAAGCUGUAUCGAGAAAUUGAAAGGUUCUGGCGCUCAAGCAAACACUUCUUCAUAA